GAUGGCGGCCGUGGUAGAAAGAGUUGAUGGAUGUGUUGGGUCCUUGGACUCAGACGCGGUGUCACCGAGACAGUCUACUCCUCCACCCGAUCAGCCGCACCAGAACAACCCGCUGUUAGGACUACCUAUCGUGGCUAUUGAAACUAUUCUCAAUUUCCUGUCUUACGAUGAAAUCAGCCUGCUGCGCUCGGUGUGUAAGCGUAUGGACAUGAUUUGCCAGCGUGUCCUAAAUCAGGGCUUCCUGAAGGUGGAGCGUUACCACAGUCUGUGCCAGAGGCAAGUCAAAGCCCAGCUGCCCAGGCGAGAAUCAGAGAGGAGAAACCACUCUCUGGCCCGCCAUGCUGAUAUCCUGGCUGCCGUGGAGACACGCCUCUCUCUGCUCAAUAUGACUUUCAUGAAAUAUGUUGACUCCAACCUCUGCUGCUUCAUCCCAGGAAAGGUUAUAGAUGAGAUUUACCGAGUACUACGCUACGUAAACUCCACUCGAGCCCCCCAGCGAGCUCAUGAGGUUCUACAGGAGCUGAGGGACAUCUCCUCCAUGGCCAUGGAGUAUUUUGAUGAGAAGAUAGUCCCUAUCCUGAAGAAGAAGCUGCCGGGGGCCGACCUGUCUGGUCGCCUCAUUGGCUCAGCACCAGUGGCAGGACCAUCUACCUCCCUGACAACCAUGUCACUGCUGGCCAAGAACACGCCUUCGCGUUCUGAGAUGACCAAGGUGCAGCAGCAGGUGAAGGUGAAUGGGGCAUCAAUGACAGUAUUGCGGAGGGAGAUGCAGGAAAUCCGUGUCAAGCAGCUGGAGCAGCAGAAGCAGCUACAGGACCAGGAGCAGAAGCUGCUGGAACAGACCCAGGUGAUCGGGGAGCAGAACGCUCGCCUCGCUGAGCUGGAGCACAAGCUCCGUGAACUGAUGGACAGUAGUGCCGCUGCUUUGGGAGGACCCAGGCCGAGCACGGCUGUACCCUCCACAUCCAGCAGCACUGCUGUGUCUUCCACUGUUGCCAGCACGUCUGGUACUGUGUUAGCGAGUGGCGGCUUAGCUGCAGCCUCUCUACCCAGAGAGCCAGAGGGCGAGGGAGCAUCAUCACUCAAACGCACCAGAAAGAGCUCGGAUCUUCCACGACAGUCCAAACGGCUGCGCAGCAGGAAAUAAGAGACUCAGUGUGUCAUUUUGUGUUUUCUUUUUUGUUUUUAAGUCUUGAUUGCCCAAAUCCCCCUCGCCCAUGAACACACACACACACACACACACUCACUUGUGAAAUGACUCGCUGCUGUCCACAGCUUAACACUGAGCCCAGAACGUCAACAGGACUUUGCACAGCAUUAACUGGGAAGACAGUUGAUAGUCACUUACUGUUAAAGGACUCUUCAAGUCUGGUGUUAAUCUACAUUUUUCCUGUUGACAACAAGUCCCAUGGACAGAUCAAAACCAGCUGUUUGUCAGGGGAUCUCAUUACUGUUCCUGUCUGUUUCCUUCCUCCUGUCUGAGGCUCUCCCUGGACAGGGACUCUAAGAUAACUGUUCGUCUGUGGAUUUUAAGAACAUGUUUAUCAUUUAUGGGAUUUCUGUGUUUUUAGGGCAAAUAUGGAGCUCUAAAAUUAUAGGAAAAAGGAAGAUCACACUUCAUUUCUGCACAUGGGAUUUGUUGAAUAGAAGAAUAUAUAGUUUAUCACCUUAUUUGGUCUUAUAUGGCUUCAAAGCCAGCUAAUUCAAUCAGACUGUAGGCGGAUGGUUUUCCAUUUGCAGUUUAGAAGACUAUUUAUUGAAGGUUACAUUAAAGUAGCUGCACAGCAUUUUAAUGUAGGCGCUUUUCUAAGAGGCUCAUAUUUUUGCAAUUAAAGUGGUUUGUCAAACUGAAAAUUAGAUUCUUGAAAAAUAAGGCUAACAGAAGACGCAUUGUUUUUGAUGUCGAUUAAGUUUCUGUUGAUUUUUUUUAGGAAAACAUCUAAAACAGUAAAAGGAAGAUGCAGAAUUAAACAGGGAGAUAACAGGUUAAUUUGAAGAUAUUUGAAUAAUUUAAGUUGCAUUUUAUUGUUUAAAUGUGGUCGCCUUUCCACUUUCACACCAUCUAAAUUAACUCAGUUUAUUUACUUGGUUAAGUGCAAUAAACAUCAUCAAAGUUAAGUACUUCACAUUCUUGUCAGAAAACUGCAGUUAAGUCCUACAGAAGGAGUUCUUCAUUCACAUUAUUAGAGAGAACGUACGGCUCUGAAAGAGGGAAAACCACUGUUCUGAUAACAUUCUUGUAACGGUAACAUGUUUGCUCUUGCCUUCCUCCCUGGAAGACGAGCAAAGCAUGAGGUAGAUGUGAGUGUGACGGGAUUACUAUUCCUCUGUGCCUCAUGACCACAGACUUCCAUUGUCUUAUGAACCCUGAGAGAUGAAGCAGGGAUAGUAGGACCCCCAGUUCUGCUUCGUGUAGGUAAAUAAGUUUUUUCAAAGGUUUAAAAAAGAAAAGGGCUGUUUUUUUAGCUCUGGUAUGAUUGAAGGCACCUAAUGUUCAUGCUUGUCUUCUACAUUAAUCAACCAAUGUGCUCUUCUGAUGAUAAUGAACUUAACUGCUGCCAAAAAUAUUGGAAACUAUUGACUAAAGACUACAUCAGAUAGAGUCCCAGGGUUCUAAAUGUGUUGUUUCUCCAGUUUGGAUGACUUUAAUACCACCAGUUUUACUACAGAAACGUUCUGGACUUGCCCUCAAUUUCAAACUAAAAAAACAUGGGAGGUACUCCUGAUAAUUUGAAAGUAGCUCUUGUUUGUCGAAUGAAUCACUAUCAGGGAAAAGAACUUGCAUUUGCACAAUCAUGCUUCAUUUUAUUCCAUCAAGCUAGAGCCAGUUAAAAAGUUCUGUCACUCCACUACCAAGAGAUUUUAAGGUUCUAGAUCUGGUUAUGAGGAAUGAGAUUUAGAGACUGAAAAAGCAUGAUUAUGAUCAUCUUAACUCAAGGUUUAGGGUUAAGAUUAAGACUUUUCUUAAGGUUAUUAGUCAAUUUGAACAGACGGAAUUGAUUCGACUUUUCUAUUUCUGUCUUUUUCCAACCAUAUCUACCGGUCCACACCAAUAAAGAACUUAUGAUGGGUUUGAAAGUUCUUAAAAAGCUCCUCUGGGGACUUUAAACUUCUCAUUUCACCACGGUUCCUAUUUCUAGUUUGACAAAACAAUCCUUCUUGAAGUCCACGCUCUCCAGAGCUUUCAUCAAACAGCCUUUAUCAGUGUUUAUUUUAGCCCAGUCAGAACCUGCUCCGACACUCGGCUGUUUCAGAGUUUAGAGAGACUAAAUCGGAUCACAUUAAAGGUCACAUAUUACACACUUUUUCAGGCUAAAGCCCUGGCCUGUCCACAAUCCCCCCUAGAAUCAGAAAAAUCCAUUCCCUCCUCCCCUCUCUUUCUCCACCUUUUAGAAAAUGUGUGCUGAAACAAGCUGUUCUCAGAUUUUCCCCUCAUGUCAUGUCAUGUGGGGAGUAAGCCCCACCCCCAUGUUCAGUUGGAAGAAAUUUCCGCCCUCCUCUCCUGAUCCUGAGAGAAGAGCCACAUCCAUUUCCUGAGAGGGGUGGAGUUAGGGGCGGGGUUAGACAGCUCAUCAAUAUUUAAAGACACGAUAACAGGCCAAAACAGAGGGGUUUUUAGACAUGCAAAUAUCCAAUAUUGGAGUGUUUUUUUUAAACAAACGUCACAGCUGUGGUUUGGGGACCUUUGAGACUGAUAAAAACUUGCAUUAAAAGGGUAAAAUACGUGACCUUUAAGUGUUUGCAUAAUCAAGUACUGUGUUGCUCCCACACUUUGAGUAAUUAUUUGUAACAAAUAGAUGGAAGCAGAAAAAAACACUUGUUCAUGUUUUAUUUAACACAUUCAAAUGGUCUGUUCUUGCAGAUUAGUCAUUUCCAUUUUCAUCUCUAGUGCCAUGCAGUCUCUUUUUUUCUUGCCUCCAACCCAAAACAAGGGAAAUUGACAGAAAUGAUCCUAACUACACCAGUGGAAAGUCAGAUAUUUCCUUUUUCUUUUCAUAGUGUACAUGAACCCUGAAAUAAGAUUAAAAUCAAGCCUGGUGGAGUGUAGAAAUACCAGAACGUCUGACAGUAGAGAGAAGUUUGUGCUCAGCAGAGUGGCUCAGAAUAAGAUGUUUGUGCAGCUGUCGCCUCUGCUCCCCUGCGCGGCGGUACUCUUCGUUUCUGUUCAAACUCGUCUCUUGCCUUGUGAGGCUAGGUUAGCUGUGAGCCCAUAUUGUGGCUGCCCUUUUCUUUGUUUGAAGCUUUCUGUUGUUUUGAUGAACUGAAACACUUACGGCAUGAACUUUUGGAAAUGCAGUUCACAUCUCUGUGAACGCCAGCGUGUAUUCUAAUGACACUGGUCAGAUAAACACAAGAAGAUGUAACCUAGUGGCUUAAUUUGAGACUGCGUCUCAGUUUAGAAAAUUGUACUGUAAUCUCCAUGUACUUUUAAGUGUAGAUUGUGAAUUAUUUCAUGUAUGUAUACCAAGAAAACUAUCUUUUGAGUUGGCCAACUUUGGACUAACUGUACAAUUUUGUU